AGUUUUUCGAUGGCAGAGAUAAGAGAAGAGAAGAGACACUGCAGUUUUAUAGUGGAAAGAAACUGCGUUGUGUUUGUGUGUGCAGGACGGUUAAGGGUCACUCGUCCCAUCGAAGAGCUACUUGACCUUACCCACUGAACCAUUCCUACUCAGCAACACUCUUCACUUCACUCUUCGGAGCCUUCCGAUGACUGAUCCUGCCGAAGAGGCUGCUUACAUCGAGAAGCUAUACGAAUACGGGGAGCAGCUCAACAAUGCCAAGGAUAAGUCUCAGAAUGUGCAGGAUUACCAAGGGAUCAUUGAUGCGGCGAAGACGAGUGUGAAGGCGAAACAGCUGGCUGCGCAGCUCAUUCCCAAGUUCUACAAGUUCUUUCCUGACCUUUCUGGCCCCGCUCUUGAUGCCCAUCUUGAUUUGGUCGAGGCUGAAGAACUCGGGGUUCGUGUACAAGCAAUUAGAGGACUGCCUCUUUUCUGUAAGGAUACACCUGAGAAUAUAGGGAAGAUGGUUGAUAUACUUGUGCAAAUUCUUGGCUCUGAAGAAUUUGUGGAGCGUGAUGCUGUGCAUAAGGCUCUGAUGUCAUUGUUGAGGCAGGAUGUCAAAGCUUCUUUGACGGCUUUGUUCAAGCACAUUGGCAGUGUUGAAGAGCCAAGUACUGAUGAUGUUAUCCGUGAGAAAGUUAUAAACUUUGUCAGAGACAAGGUUUUCCCUAUCAAAGCUGAAUUGUUGAAGCCCCAGGAGGAAAUGGAAAGACACAUAACUGAUCUCAUAAAAAAAAGUUUAGAAGAUGUCACUGGCAUAGAAUUUCGAAUGUUUAUGGAUUUCCUGAAGAGUUUGAGCCUAUUUGGUGAAAAGGCUCCAGCAGAACGGAUGAAAGAGCUUAUUGGAAUCAUUGAAGGGCAAGCUGACUUAGAUGCACAAUUCAAUGUUUCAGAUGCAGAUCAUAUUGACAGGUUGAUAUCAUGCCUUCAUAUGGCACUUCCGUUUGUUGUGAGGGGUGCAUCAAGCAGCAAAUUUCUGAACUACAUAAACAAAUAUAUAAUACCUGUUUUUGACCAGCUUCCCGGAGAACGGAAAGUAGAUUUACUCAGAAGCCUUGCAGAAUUUUCCCCUUAUACAACUCCACAAGAUUCACGCCAAAUGCUUCCUUCUAUUGUUCAGUUGUUAAAGAAAUAUAUGACUUGGAAGAAAACUGGAGAGGAGAUGAACUUUACCUAUGUUGAGUGCUUAUUGUACACAUUUCAUCACCUAGCUCAUAAGGUUCCUAAUGCAACAAAUAGUUUAUGCGGAUACAAAAUUGUUACUGGCCAGCCAUCUGAUAGGCUCGGAGAGGACUUUUCUGAGCAUUAUAAUGAUUUUACUGAAAGAUUGAAUAAUGUUGAGGAGUUCACCCGGGCUACAAUCAAGAAGUUAACUCAAGGAAUGGAUGAAAACAACAAAUCUAUGGCAGGUGCUAAAACUGAUGAAGAAAAGGAAAAAAUUAAAACUAAAAAGCAGAAUGCCACAACUGGGUUACGGACCUGUAAUAACAUUUUGACAAUGACGAAGCCAUUGCGUACCAAAGUGCCUUCCUUUAUUGGAGAUAAGAGAAUCAAUCUUUCUUGGAAAGAAGCAACAAAAACUGCAUCGUCCAAUGCGCCAGCUGCUGGUUUAAACUUCCGCAGAGCAAAACGGCCUGCUAAUGCUGCUAACGGAUCCAACAAUAUUGCAUCAAAGAAAGGUCGAGGAGGAGGUGGUGGUGGUUUGCAAAAUCAACUUGUCAAUAGAGCACUGGAAGGAUUAUCUGCUGGUGGGAGAGGGGGUAUGAGGGGCAGAGGCCGGGGCUGGGGUGGUCGAGGAAGAGGAAGAGGAGGAUAUCGGUAACUUCGUUGCAUGUGAUGUAGAAAGUAUCAGAUUUCUCGAGACUGUACCAGAAUACGAAUAGGACCUGUUGUUAAUGUACUAAAAUUCUUUCUCAGAGGAAGUUUUGAUUAUAGAGGACGUGAAAUUUUAAUGUAGUCGUACUUUUUACAAAGGUUGUUUAUGUAGAAUUCUGAGUUAUUGAUCAUUUUCGAAUCGAUUAGUUGCAAGCAUCAGAUGAGGACCAACUGCCGGAACAUAUGUUCCUUGGUAUGUAUGCAUGUAAUUUAAUGACGAGUGCAAUCAUAUGAAGACCGUAUGUUACUCCUUUGAAGCA